CGCAUCUUAUUAGCAACCAGGGAGAUUUCUCCAUUUUCCCCUUGUCUACAGUGCGGCUACAAAUCUGGGAUUUUUUUAUUACUUCUUUUUUUUUUUUAAACUACACCUGGGCGCCUUUUUUUGUGCUCGACUUUCCCCCCGUUUCCCUUUCUCCUAUGCUGCUGCUUUUUGAUCUCUUCGACUAAAAUUUUUUAUCGGGAGUGUAUAUAAUCGGUUCUGUUCUCUCUUCUCUUCCACCACCCCCAUCCCCCCCUCCCUCUGGUGUGUGUUGCUGCUGCUGCUGCUGCUACUGCUGCUGCUGAUCGCCCAGUAUUUAUACCAACCCAAGGCUCUUUGUUUCCCCCCUUUUGGAUCUGUUGAGUUUCUUUGUUGAAUAAGCCAGCAUGGGUGCCCAGUUCUCUAAGACCGCUGCAAAAGGCGAAGCUGCUGCUGAGAAACCCGGGGAAGCAGCAGUAGCUGCAUCGCCUUCUAAGGCAAAUGGACAGGAAAACGGCCACGUGAAGGUGAACGGCGACGCGUCGCCGGCGGCCGCCGAGCCAGGCGCCAAGGAGGAGCUGCAGGCCAACGGCAGCGCCCCGGCCGCAGACAAAGAGGAGUCAGCGGCGGCGGCGGGCGCUUCCCCAGCGGCCGGGGCAGACAAGGAGGAGGCGGCCGGGU